AUGUCGGGGUAUAAUAAUUAUGAUAAUUGGCCGCAAGAAUCAACUUCAAAUACAGAUGAAGAAGAAUUGUCGUCUUCUGAAAUUGAACAGGAUGAUAGUGACGACGAUUCUGAAACAUCAACAUCUAGCACGAAUUCAUCUGCAUCCAGUAGUAGUAGUAGUCAGUCAGGCUCUGAUUCUGAAAGUACUAGUACUGCAGAUGAAGACGAAACUAUAUCACUCAAAACUGAAACUGUAGUGGCUAAUAAAACUGAGCUUAGUUUACCUGUUGGAAUGUGCGAAGAUGAAGAAGUUUUCAAGCAACUUUUUUCUGUUAAUUCUUGGGUAUGCUUAAGUGACCAACAAAAGCAACAUUCAAAGGUAUAA